CUAGCGUGUACGGUGCUCAAAGGCCAAGGCAACAAAGCAAAACAAAAACAAAAAAAAAAACAAAGCAAAAAACCCGAAGAGAGAUAUUUGUGCGCGUGCGCGUCGUCUACCCACACAACGCGAGAGCGGAUACUCUUUUACUCGUUUCGUUUUUUAUGCAAAUUUCGCAGCGUUUCGUCACAGUGUGAAAGUAAAUGAAUUCUUUUGGAGCAAAACAAAAGAAAUUUACAGCAAAUAUUACGAAAUACAAAUUUUACAACGAAAGCGCCAGAAAGGGAAUAAAAGAGUUUGUCUUCUGUUCUUCUAUGCUCACUCUUCCAUGCUGUGUCUUUGUCUGUGUGUGUGUCUGUGUGUGUUAAUUGAUAAAUCUACAACAAAAGUGUCAAAUUUAACGGCAAAUUUCGUGGAUUUCGAUUUUUCUGUGGACAUACGCGAACGAACUCAAAGAUCAAAUAAAGGACACUACCAAGGCUGACAUCGAAACUGCUGGAGAGCUAGAGAUUCUGAGAGCAGCAGCAGCUUGUAGAAGAAUUCGCACACUGUGGCCAGCGGGUGGAGAGUAAAUCGAACCGAAUGCAGUAUCUCAGUUACGCUCUGCAGACAUCCACGCGACUGCUGACGAACCAGAACCACCACAACCAGAAUCAGUAUCAGCCGCAUCCAGCGGGGGCGCCAGCUGCCACCUCCACGCCCACCGACGAAGACAUCGCACACGCCUGCUGCAGCCGAGGGGCCCAGUUGUUGAGACAGCGCCAACAGGAGCUGGCCAAGCGGCGCGCUCUCGAGGAUCAGAUCAACGCCAACGAGUUGGAGUUGGAAUUGGAAGCCGAGGAGGAGGACGAGAGCAAAGCGAGCGGCAGCGGCAACGGAAGCGAAACCGAGGAGGGAGCCGUGGGUGGAGAGCAGCUACGUCAGCCAGUCCAAUGAAAUUUACUCUCAUUUAAUGUUCAACUGGCGCGCAGCAAACUGCUCUCGUUCUUCAACCGCGACAUGGCCGCCACCGAUGGCCAAAUCAUAUUGGCCGCCUCCCGAUUCGGCGAUGCCACGCCCGUCUAUUUGCGCGACUUCUCCAAGCAACCCCUGCCGGCGGUGGCCAAGAUCCUCAAGGGCCAGCACCAGGCCCUCGGCGUGCCCACGCUCUCGGCCCCCUCGCUGCAGAGCACGGCGCUGUUCCUGAGCGCCGGCAAGAAGUACCAGAUCCUCGCCCAACCCAUCAAGAUCAAGGAGGGUCGCAAGCCCACCAAUGUGGGGGCCAAGGUGCUCAUCCCGGAGACCUAUGGCGGCUACUUUGAGCUGCUCAGCGAGGAUGGCCGCUCGACGCGCUGCAUCGACUCGGUCCUCGAGCUGUCGCGUCGCCGCAAUGCCCGCGUCCUUGUGCGGGAGACGUUCCGCUGCCAGCAGAUGAACCGCACCAUCCACGCGGGCGAGCUGCUGACCACGAUGAACGACAACGGCAAGUACCUGCAGUGCCGCAACAUCAAGGACGAGAUCAUCAAUCUGCCACUCGAUACCAAAGCCAAGUUCUCGGCCAUAGCGCGCGAGGACAGCAUCAGCGGUGUGCACACCGUCAAGAAUCUGCUCCUCAAGCGGAUGCCAGUCAUUGUGAGACUCGUCCAUGGCAGUGCCCCCAAGGGACUGAAGCAGCCCUUUGUCCCCGAACUUCGGCUGCUGGGAUGCGUGGAAAUCGAUCGGAUCUUUGCCCUGCCCCUGCAGAAGGACACCGAUCUGGUGCCAGUGCCGCUGAACGCCAAGAUCAAGCUGCAGCGGGUCAAGAACAUGGAGCAGCUGGAGCACUUUAUCGAGUACACGCGCUUCCUGGAAAAGGCCCAGCGCCUGUUGGCGGAUGCGCGCGAUCGCCUGCAGAUCGUCGAUCUCAAGCUGAGCGAGAAGGAGAAGAAGGACUCCAAGUUCCACAGUCGGAACGGCAGCGGCAAUCGGCUGCCGGUGGUGAUGCUGCCCUCGGCCGCGGGCAUGGCCAGCGGACUGGCGGAGAGCGGCUAUGUGCUGCGCAAGAGCGCCAGCUGUGACUCCUGGUCCAAGCAGCACCAGCAGGCGUUGAACAGCGAGAUCGCCGAGGAGUACAACGAGAUCGAUCACAUCUACGACUAUGUGCGGGGCCUGACGCCCCUCUCCAAGGGCCUGGCGCGCUUCGAGCCCAUCUGCGAGUCGCCCACACUCAAGUCGCACCACACGGACAGCGGCAGCGGCAACUACUGCAGCCUCAUCCGUGCCCCCAUACCCCAUCAGCAGUCGAGUCAGCAAGCCGCCUCCUCCUCCGCCAACAACAACUACAGCAGCCUGGAGUCGAACAAGCAUAGCAGCAGCAAUGGAGCCAACGGAGGCAACGGCCACCACCAGCAUCCCCAUCAGCACCAGCAUCCACAUCCUCAUCCGCAUCAGCAUGGCCAUGGCCAUCACAUGGUGAAUCAUUAUCACCACAGCCAUAUACAGGAGGACAUAAAGCCGGUGCCGCCGCCGAUUGAGACGAUACCCGGCAAGAAGCCGGCGGAGAAGCGUCAGCGUCCCACUCUACCAAAGCUUUACAUCAAGAAUGCCAAUGCCCACAGUGCCGGGAGCAGCAGCAACGGCAACUCCACGGGCACCGGCACCGGCACCGGCAGCGCCACCACUCACAGUCACAGUCACAGCCAUAGUCACAGUCACAGUCACAACCAUCCGCAGCAGCUGCAACAGCAGCAGCAACAGUUGCAGAUGCAACAACAGCCGACGACCCCUAAUGGAAAUACGGCAAAUGCUGUGGCCAAUGCGGCUGCUGCUGCGGUGGCAGCUGCCCAUCAUCAUGGCUCCUUGCACAACCACUCGCACAGCUCCCAUCCGCACGCGCAUCCCCAUCCGCAUCCCCAUCACGGCAAGGUGCUGACGCCCAACAAUCAUUUGCCAGCCAAGGAGGCGCUGGAACCGCAAUCGCCGCUGUUUCACAUCAGGUACAAGAGCCUCAGCAGCCUGCAGUUGACGCCGGACAACAAUAAUACACCCAUGACGCCGCCGACGAUCUCAGCCCAUGGCAAGGCAGCGGCAGUACCGGCAUCGAACGCAUCGCCCGGCACACCACCCGAUGUGGUGCUCAAGUGCGGCAGCAUCCUCAAUGCGCACGGCUAUCUGUCGUCGGGGGCACCGGGCACGGCUUUGGGGAUGCCACAUCCGCACAGCCGCAGCUCCAGCAGCAAUAACCAUCACAAUCCGCGCGAGGGGACGCUGGACUCGUCGCGUAGCGGCGGCCGGACAUCGGGCGAUUCGAACAAGCUGCCGGAGAAGAAGACGCGACGCUUGUCACGGCCCAGGAGCCUGUCGAAUCUGGUGUGGGACUUGCGGCCAUCCAAAGAGAAGUCCAAGAAGAAGCUCUAUAUACAUCAUUUCGAUCAGAGGCAGCAGGCGACGUUGUAUCUUUAAGAUGUUGUCGGUGAAGAUGAUGAUGAUGAUGAUGAUGAUGUAGAAGUAGCUAAAGAUGAUGACGAUGAUGAGGAUGAUGAGGAAGUAGCAGAAGAUGAUGUUAAUGAUGAUGAUUCGUUACCAACUCGUUUCUAGCUGCCAUCGACCCCCAACAACAGAGAGAUCUACAAAAUACAACCCAACCAACCAACAAUAAGAUGGAAAACUACAAACAUUUGGAACGCUGUGUGUGUUCCUGCAGCUUUCACCAAUUUAAAUAGCUUGCAGCAGCAAUUUUUAAUUAACAUUGAAUUGUGCCUUUCCCUGCUAUGCCCCAAGAACGACCGAAGUUCCAAUGAAAUAUUCAACAAGAAUAUAUCUAAAUGGAAUAGAAACGAUUAAAUGAAUGAUUGAAGGAAGCCCCUGAAAGGAGAGUUUGAAGGAAGAAUCGUAUAGAAACGCUGACAGAACACACAGCAACAAUAUACACACCGCACACACACACACACACCCACACA